CAGGAAACGGAGUGUUGUGGCUCUGUGGGAAUAAACAGUUAGCAUCGUUAGCCGCGUUAGCAGAGUGAGUUGGCGCUGUUCCGCCGCAGCCACAAAUACACCUGCUGUUUUCUGUGAAACUUAAUCUUUCCAAAACAUCGAUGGUAACUAUAAACUUUAUAUAAACAGUGUAUAAAGAGUGUUGCUGACACUCGGACUGAUCCAGUUCCAGCGCGGAGCCGCUAGCAGGAAGCGCCUCGAUGGAGGGAGAUGAGUGUGAUUUCUCCACAGAGCCGUCUGAACUAUCUCACUCCAACAGAGGAAGUGUUUCUUCAUCAGUCACUCGCGCUCAGGAUGUGUUGGUGUACCUGGUGAGUGACGGGGCAGUACAGGUGUGUGUAGAGAGUGUGGGGUGUGUGUGUGUACAGGAGCUCGGCCGCAGUGUGAGAGACGCCCUCAACAUUCCCGAUUCUGCUCAGGACGCCUUCGCCUUCUGGCUGUGCUCACCUCUACUGGAGUUGCAGUUGAAGCCGAAACAUCAGCCGUAUAAACUGUGCCGUCAGUGGCAGGACCUGCUGUACCGCUUCACUGACGCUCACACAGAAGACAUCACACUAGAUGAGCCAUGCCUGCAGUACAGGAGGAACGUUUUUUACCCCAAGUCUAAAGAACUGCAGGUGGAAGAUGAGAGUGUAUUGCGGCUCCUGUAUGAUGAGGCUAAAUUAAACAUUAUUGAGGGCCGGUACCCAUGUGACCCAGAGCACUGGAACCGAUUGGCUGCUCUGUCGUGUGCUAUAGAGAUCGGUACAGGACUCGAUGACCAGCAGCUGACCACCGCCAUCAGAGAAAAGAAGUUGUCAUCGCUGCUGCCGGCCCAUGUAGUCGGGGGGUUGGGGGCAGGGCUUCUCUCCACCCUGAGGCUGAGGGCGGGGCGUCGUGCUGAACUGGAGCAGAGUUUACUGAAGGAGUACCACACACUAAAGAUGCACACUGAAGCCCGCCCACUCAUCCUCCAGUACCUCAGCAUCUGCCACACUCUGCCUUAUUACGGGUGUGCAUUCUUCAUGGGUGAGAUAGAUAAGCCGGCCCAGGGCCUGCUGCAGCGUGGAGGGCGUAAGGCGGUGAGUGUUGGGAUCAGUCUGGAGGGAGUGUACGUUAUCGACACUAAGGAGAAGCAUGUGCUCCUGGGUCUGCGGUUCUCAGAGCUGUCGUGGGAUCAUACGUACCCUGACGCUGAGGGAGACUCUCACAUCCUGUGGCUGGAGUUCGAUGGAGAGGAAGAUGGAACACCGGUCAAUAAAUUACUGAAGAUUUACUCUAAACAGGCGGAGCUGAUGAGCGGUCUGAUUGAGUUCUGUGUAGAAUUGCGCUCUGUCGGUGAAGUGGCUGCAUCCCAAAUGGCUUCAGCUCAGGAGGAGAGUGUACAGGGAGCAAGGGGGCGACGGGCGGGGAAAGUGCGAAGGCAGAACAGUGUAGUGUGCAGCAGAGUGCACACGCUGAACACCAUCAGCUAUGUUGACGACGGUAAAGAGAUAAAGCGUCUGAAACCGAAGAGAGCAGCAUCCUUCUUCACCAAGCAAACUCCUCCCUCUUACGCUGCUGUUCAGGUGACGGACAACCUGGAGCAGAGCUGAAACUCUGCGCUCUAUACAGCAGAGACUAAACACACACACACACACACACACCAUGAUGAUGAACUGAAGGGACAGACAGACUGGACCGAGAUCGUGCUACAUGUGUGAGUAACCGGUUACAGCACGGGGUGGAUUCUGAGACGUUUCUCCACUAUGCAAACACCACUAAACCAAACGGAGAGGAAAACUCCCGAAACUGUCUCUCUUACCAAAGUACCAGAGUGUCUGACCUCAGUGUCUUCUCUCAUCAGUGCUUUAACCGCUCAUCACACAUAAACACACAUUUAUUAUCCGCUCAUCAUACAACACCGCUGCUUCACUGAGGUAAUUUUUUUAUCUGAUAAUCUCACUCUGGCCCGAUCGAGGCUGUGUCCCAAACUGCAUGUUUAAUGCAGUCUCCUAGGAAAUGGGCUGUGUCUCAAAUCCCCAUACUUAUUAUUAAAUAGUGACAGGUUUGUAUAAACACAAUCCAGAAUAAAGAAUAUUACACUUUUGUCUAAUAUAGUCACAAGUGCACAAAUAUGUAUUUGUUUAAUAUAAUACUUCUAUAAGAAAUGUGCAGUGUCCCAAACUGCAUUAAGUGCACUAAAUGUGCAGCACCUGAAAUUUGGGAUGGGGUGUCAUUAUUAUUAUUAUUAUUAUUAUUAUUAUUAUUAUUAUUAUUAUUGUUUUAUAGGUUAUAAUUUUGCAAGUCUUUAAUAUUAUGUUAUGUUCAAGAAAGCACACUGCUGCACUUUGUAGUGAUUGUAUUAAAUAGUGUGUAAUGUAGGUGGCUGUUCUGACAGUCUAGUGCAGCAGUGUGUAAUUUGGAAUGUAACCGUAGACCUGUACCUUUCAGUUCAUUCCAAAAAAAAAAAGUCGUCUGUAAAAGAAGUAACUUCCUGCACACAUGAUGAGUCUGAUGUGCUGGAGUAAUUAUUACAGAAUGUACACUUUACAUAAGAAAUGUUUACAGCUGGCCUUGUUAAACCUCUUUAAGCCUCAUUAGGCCUCAUUAAGGCUAAUUCUCGUUAUCGGUUUCAUCAUCGAAGUGACCUGAGUGUGGAACUGUGAGCUUAAAGGGUCGUGUGCUUUCUGAUUCAGACAGUGUGAAGGUUCUGAACCGUCACACUGGUGUUUAUUUAAUUUAACACUGGCACUGUGGACUGUGAAAACAUUCAGAACACUCGACAUGAUACUUGGAGAGUUUUACACAGGAUGUGCCACUGAUGAAAGCCUGACUAUGCUAAUUCUGUUAGCAGGACUUUUAUAUGAAAUUGUAAAUAUCUUUACCAUGUACUAAUUUAAAGACUGAGGCUGUCGUGACCAAUAUAACCUGCUUUUGUAUCGAUGCUUUGUGUGUAUGUGCAAAAUUAAGCUUUAUAUCUCUGAAUGUUCCAGUUACAGAAAUGAAACUGUAUGGAAUAUUCAUCACUCAAACUCACUUUUAUCUUUAGUGCAUUUUUGUGAGGCUAUUGUUCAUGUUGUUUUGGGUUUGUGUUCUUCAACUUCUGUAAGCUUAAAAAAAUGCACUACUAAUGCUAGUGAUUGUAAUCUAAACUAACCAUAUGCCGCAUUAUAACUAUUACACUUUAUACUAAUUUCAUGAUUUGUAUCAGUGGAAUUUUAUAUGAAUAUUGAAAUAAACUUGCUUAUAUUACAGGGGUUUUUUUUUAGCUUGUCAAUAAGAAAUAAAAAGUCAAUCACGA